CAAUUGGGGAAACUUUAUAAAAAAAAUCGAAAGCUGAAAUGAAAACUAUGCUAACCUAUAAAAAGUCGGUCACUCUUUCUUCGUAUUCUUAUUCUCUUUUUAGGACACGGUCAAAACACAUCUUCACCUUUCAGUUGACGCAGACGAAACGCUUUGAAAUGAAGGCUACAUACAUUCUUUCUUUAAUUUCACUUGCUGUUUUGCACACCGCAUUCUCGGAAGAAAAAGUUUUAUUUGGAGAACCAACGCCAAUCGGAGCUGAAGGCCGCCAAUCUUCUUCCGUGGACGCAGCUAAGGAAAUUACACCCAAAGAUGGACGCAAAGGCAGAGUCUUUACUUUCCCAGGAUCUUCUCAACAGCAAGAUCCCAGGACGCACCAGCCCGCCUACGUAAUUUCUUCCCCCUACGAGGAAACACAGGACAGGUUUAGCCAAGCAUCGUCUGCUGCCUCGGCUAUCGAUGAAAAUCGUCUGCUUUCACUGUUGCCAACUUUCGGAAGCGAUGGAAUGCAGGUUGGUUUGGAUUUCAAGUUGCCUUUCUUCAGUGUCCCAUAUGCCAAAAUGUUCAGUGCUUUAGCAAGCCCAUCCAUUGGGAGUGGAUUGUUUGGAAAUGGCUUGGGUUUCGGAGGAUCUCCAAGCAUUAGCACCGGCACUAUUGCUUCAAAUCUUCUUGGUACAGGUUCUGGUAGUGGACUGGCGACCAUGGCGGCAAUGGCUGUAACUGCUGCCUUGCUCUACCCGAAAGUCAGCAAUAUUUUCAGUCUCAACAGCAACACUUUCAGAGAUGGUGGUGGGGCCGAUGAUUUCUUCCAUAACGUGAACAGUGUUCUCAAUCAGUUCAAUAUUGAUGGCGAAUCAUGCAUGAAGAUGGCGCUGUGCUCAUUGGGGAACACCAAACGUUAUCAGCAACGUACAAGUGGACGAGAUGGAACAACUACACCAGCAGAUGUAGUGGAAGAUAUCAUAAAUCUUCCUGUAGUCAAAAAAUGGCUGGUAAAAGGAGCUUUGACGCAGGCCAGAGAUUUUGGUGGUUCAGGAGGCGACUGCGAAUAUUUUAACGAACAAAAUAAAUGUCCCGUUGCUGCUGCCACCAUCACGAAAAUGCUUUCGAGUCUUGGCGGAAAUUGAAAGCGUACUUAAAAAACUCUCAAAGCUAAGUCUGCAAAAUGUGUAUAUAGAAAAGAAAAUACCGUGAUUUACUUCACUUGCCAUUUAUAUUUUUAUGACCUGCAGUUUGUAUGCCAGAGAACCGUAUAUUAUACUGUACAAAAGAUAGCGCUAGUGUUCGAGAUAUGGCUUCACGUUUAUAUAAACCCAGAUAAUAGGGAGAAAAAAAAUUUACUAUAUUUUUGUUUUAAAGAAUUAAGUAAUUGAUUCUGAUAUAUUGAGAUAUUAGACCUUGAAUUAGUUACUUUAUUGGGUUUCUUUUUAUCUUUUAUUAAUAUGCAAAUCCUUUUUUUUUUUUUUUUUUUGAGCAGUAAAUGUUUUGAAAGAUUUUACACGGUACAAUUUGAUAGAUCAUGCUUGAAGUUUUUAAAACAAAUAUCGUGCAAAAUUUUCAUCGAUUGAAAUAAUUUUUGCAAAUUAACAUCUCUUUUUCUCUCGCAAAUUAACAUCUAAAAGCGUUUAUAUAUAAAUAUUACAAUCCUAUAAAAAUAUAUAUCCCGCAACUGAUCGUAAAGACACGGUUCCCUAUAGAACACCGAAGUCAAGCAUCACUGGCUGCACUCAGUAAGCGGCUGGGUGACUUCUUUGAUCAGCCUGCGUAGGGACCGAGGGGACGCGGUAUCGGUCCUCGUUAAACUGUUUGACCGUAAAGUGCUCGACUUCACGGGCAGGUUGUCGGACUACCAAAGCUGGGAAGCAAUCCCCUCUGCAGAAGAUCAAAAUUGCUAUGGCAUGUCUUCGAAUCCUCCUCAGGGAUGUUUCCCAGACCGUCGCCAAUAGCCCAUUGUGCAACUCUAGUGCGACGUAAAUAAAGUACCUACCUACCUGUAAAAAUAUUUCAAAUAGGUGGGUAUUAAGACAAGGAAGAAGUUUACAACUUCCUCUCCCUAUUUUGGUCGAUCCAAAUUUUGCACAGGUAAAAAAAAAAAAAAAAACUAAAUGAAAACAGUUUCUGAAAGUUUCAAGCAUGAUCUUUUAAAUACUGCAAACAGUUUGGCCAUGUGAAAUUCUCCAAAACAUCUACUGCUAUAAGAGGAAUUGUUUACAUAGAGUUAGUCGUGAAAUGUUUGCAUUUUUUUUGUCUAUUCUAUAUCGAAAAAAAAAUGUCACUUAGUUAAACAAUCAGCAACAAAAAAUUGCAUUUAUCAGAAAUAAAUAACGAUUUUUAAAGACUAUGUCGUUAAAAAAAGCCUUGUUUAUAAUAAAGUAAACAAAUAAUGAAAAAUUUAACAACGACAUUUUUUAUGUGUCUUAAAUAUUUUACUAUGUAAAAGUAACUCAAUAAGAAAAACUUCAACUCAUUUACUUAAAUUGUAAGAAAAAUAACAUCAUUCUAAAAAAAAUACAUAAUAAUUUUAGUUAUAAAUAAUAACUUUAGUUAAAUAAGCGUGAUGGGUUUUACAAAAGAACAAUAGAAAUAGUUACUUUAUUUUAUUACCAACUUACAAUGCAUUAAAACAAUGUUUUUAGUUGAAGCAUACUUUUAAAAAAACGCUUUAGUCCAUCUGAGCUUAUCUUAAAAGUCAAGAAUUUAUAUCUGCGUAAUAAGGCUGAUACAAUUUUUUUUUGUAAAAUGUUUGUAAAUAUAUUGUUUAAUGUUGUUCCUUUUACAUGUUGUGAAAUGAAUUUAUUUCAGCUGGUCUGUACAUUUUAUUGAAUUUUGUUUACAAUAAAAUAUUGACUUAUGUA